AUGGCGUGUCACGGCCUCAUAGGAGUGAAACCCCGCGUUGAGAUCCCUCCAUCCGAAAUCGGAUGUGGACAUUACGGGUGCUCACAUUAUAAAAGGAGAUGUAAGAUCAUAGCGCCGUGUUGCAAUGAAAUCUUCGAUUGCAGAUUUUGCCACAAUGAAUCUAAGAAUUCAAUUGAAGUCAAACUUGCUGACUGGCAUGAUAUUUCUCGUCAUGAUGUGAAGAGGGUCAUCUGUUCCUUGUGUGGCACAGAGCAAGAUGUUCAACAGAUGUGCAUUAACUGUGGUGUUUGCAUGGGCAGAUACUUUUGCUCCAAAUGCAAGUUUUUCGAUGACGAUUUAUCAAAGAAACAAUUCCAUUGUGAUGAAUGUGGAAUCUGCAGAAAUGGAGGUGUAGAGAACAUGUUCCACUGUAACACAUGUGGAUUUUGCUAUUCAUCAUACUUGAAGGAUAAACACAAAUGUAUGGAAAAAGCAAUGCAUACCAAUUGCCCAAUUUGCUUCGAGUUUCUUUUUGAUACAACGAAAGCCAUUGCUUUAUUGGCAUGUGGUCACAACAUGCACCUAGGAUGCAUUAGACAAUUGCAACAACGUUUAAUGUAUGCAUGCCCAGUUUGUUCCAAAUCAUUUUGUGACAUGUCAGUUAUUUGGGAGAAAGUGGAUGAGAUUAUUGAAUCAAGGCCAAUGCCUGAAGAAUAUCAAAAUGUAAAGAUUUGGAUUCUUUGCAACGAUUGCGUGGAAACAUCUGAAGUAAGUUUUCAUACUAUGGCGCUCAAGUGCCCUAAAUGCAAGUCCUAUAAUACCAGAAGGACUCAAGCUGCACCAGCUGAACCAGCUGCAUCAGCUGAAUCAGCUGAAUCAGCUGCACCAGCUGAAUCAGAUGCUUCUUCUAGUUCAUCGAGGGUUGAAUAGAUGGUUAGAUGAUUGGCACUUAAACAUCAAGAUGCUUAAUUAUUUGAAACCAUUGCUGAAUAUCAAUUUUAUUAUCUUCAUGUGGGAAGAAAAAUAAUCGUGCCUGAUUACUUUGUUUAGAUCUCUUAAAAAUGACUUUGGUAUUUUUCUUUUCUGUUGUUGAAUAAAAUGACU